GGAGGGGUUGUUCCAUGUAGGCCAGUUGAGAAAGGCAUGAAGAUGUUGUUUCCUCUUGCACAGUACAGUCCUGCAUUAUAGACUUUCUGGUCUUUUUGGUGAUACAUCCCUCCAUGAAGUCAAUAGGACUUUAACCAGGGGAACUGAAGCUGAAGCUGAAAGAGAAAGUCGUCAAGAAUGGAAAAUUUCUGAAAGAUAUGAGAUAGAUCCAGAAGACUAGGAAGAGACCUGGCCAGAAAGCUGGGUCUUUCAGAGGUGAAAGAAGCUUUAUGCAGCCAACACAGAUCUGGGGCUAGUACCUGUGUCUGAGGGUCUGCGUGUCAGGGAGAGCUGCUGCUCAUGGACGCAAGUUGCAUCAUCAACUGAUUCCCUAGGGCCAUGUCAGUGACAGUCUCAGUGAGAGCCUUUGCCUCCUUCCUGUCUUCUCUGCUGAAACUCCACGUGGUUUUGUAUGAGGCUAGGAGGGUGCUUCAGACCUGGGCUGCCCAGAUGAAGAGUGUGAGGCUGAGGCUAGUGCCAGGUCUUUCAUGUGUCAGGUUGGGGACCAUGUUGCUGUUGGGGAUAAUUUUUCUCUCAAGCACGUACUGUGACAUGGUCUCGGUAUAUUACUCUUCCUAUGAAAUAGUCAUCCCAAAGCGGCUAAUGGUCAGGGGAAGUGAAGAUCCAGUGGAAAAGGCAUCCUAUUUGCUAUUUAUGGAAGGCCAGAAGCACCUGAUUCACCUGAAGGUAAAGAGAAGCCAUUUUGUGAAUAACUUUCCAGUCUACAGUUACCACAAUGGCAUCCUGGGGCAAGAAUCACCUUUUACCUCCCACAACUGCCACUAUGAAGGCUACAUAGAGGGAAUGUCAGGUUCUUUUGUUUCUGUCAACACCUGUGCAGGUCUCAGGGGCAUCUUGAUCAAGGAGGAAACAUCUUACAGCAUUGAGCCCAUGGAGUCUUCAAGACGGUUUGAACAUGUGUUAUAUACCAUGGCACAUCAAGCACGAGUGUCCUGCGGUGUCGCUCCCACAGAUAGCCAUGUGGUGUCCACUAGCUGGCAACAAGGGAGCAAGAAGCCUUAUGAUCGACAGGUGCUGUCCUACUUGUGGUCACACCCCAAGUACGUGGAAAUGUUUGUUGUGGUCAACAACCAGAGGUUCCAGAUGUGGGGCAGUAACGUCAAUGAGACGGUCCAGAGAGUAGUGGAUGUCAUUGCUCUGGCCAACAGCUUCACCAGGGGAAUAAACACAGAGGUGGUGCUGGCUGGAAUGGAGAUCUGGACCGAGAGGGAACUAAUAGAGGUCGCAGUGGACUUGCAAGUCACACUCAGGAAUUUCAAUCGCUGGAGACAAGAGAUGCUCUUCCGUCGUGCGAAGCAUGACGUUGCCCACAUGAUCGUUGGGCAUCAUCCUGGACAGAAUACGGGCCAGGCCUUUCUCAGUGGUGCCAGCUUAAGCGGUUUUGCGGCAGCUGUUGAAUCCUUCCAUCAUGAAGAUGUGCUGUUGUUUACAGCCCUCAUGGUCCAUGAGCUCGGGCACAACCUGGGUAUUCAGCACGACCACUUGGCCUGCUUUUGUAAAGAUAAGCAUUUUUGCCUCAUGCAUGAAAAUAUCACAAAAGAAAGUGGCUUCAGCAACUGCAGCUCUGACUACUUCUACCAGUUCCUUCGAGAACACAAAGGGGCCUGCCUAUUUAACAAGCCAUGGCCCAGGGCCCGCAAGUGUAGGGAUUCCACCUGUGGAAAUGGCAUGGUGGAGGACACAGAGCAGUGUGCCUGCGGUCCUCUAUGUCAGCAUGACCCAUGUUUUCAGGGUAACUGUAAACUGAAGGCGAAAGCAGAGUGCAGUGAUGGCCCAUUUUGUCAUAAGUGUAAAUUUCAACAUACGGGAUAUCCUUGUCGUCCUUCUAGUGGUUCCUGUGACCUCUCAGAAUUUUGUGACGGUACCUCUGCAGUAUGCCCCAACGACAGGCAUAAGCAAGAUGGCUCAAAAUGUCAUGAAAUUUACCAGUGUAUUAAAGGUCACUGUAUGCACCCUAAUAAUCAAUACACACAAGUAUUUGGAUAUGGUGCAAAGUCAGCCUCACAGGAGUGUUACAAUUCAAUCAACAGCAAAGGGGACCAGUUUGGAAACUGUGGCAUUCCUACCAGUGCUGGGUCACAAUAUGUUCGGUGUUCAUCUGAUAAUAUAUUUUGUGGGAAACUUAUAUGUUCAGGAAUUAGAAGUUUACCACAAAUCAAACUCCAACAUACAAUGAUUCAGGUCCCUCAUUGAGAUGACUCAUGUUGGAGCAUGGAUGCCUAUGUGUCUACUGACAUUCCUGAUGAAGGAGAUGUGUACAAUGGUACUUAUUGUGCACCAAACAAAGUCUGCCUAAAUUCCACCUGCACAGAUAAAACCCCAGUGGUGUCUGCCUGCAACCCAGAAAAAAUGUCUAACGGGAAUGGAGUUUGCAAUGAUUUGGGGCACUGCCACUGUAAUGAAGGGCAGCCCCCCGACUGUGCUACUGCAGGAAAUGGAGGUAGUAUGGACAGUGGCCGUCCUAGAAAGCCAGGUGAGAUACCUUCAGGAGAAGGUGAAAAUCAAAAUAAGACUCAUUCCAGAGGUCAAGAUCUUGCUGUAGACAUGAUGAUAUUAUCAUUCAUUAUACUUUUUAUAAUACUAUUAUUAAGUGUAAUUAUUUGCUUGAUCUGCUUGUUUAAAAAAUCACCAGAGGCUGCCCCAGCAGAAGGUCUUCCACCGGCAUCAUAAAUAAAGCCAGAAGCAGCAGAAGAGGCCCCAGAAAAAGAAGAGGAGGAAGAAGGAGAAGAAGAAGAAGAAGAGGAAGAAGAAGAAAAAGAAGAAGAGGAAGAAGAGGAGGAUGAAUCAGAUUCCUAAGAUUAGAAACAGGGAGAUUAAGCCAAGUAUAACAAACUCCUCAAGUACUGAGUGGGAAUGAGAGGUUCCGUGAAGCAAAGGUGAAAUGGAAAUAGAUGGCCUAGUGGCUCUAACUCAGAUAUACUAACGUGGAAGGAAGAAUUUUUCCACUUUUAUUAUUCAUUUUAGUAAUUAAAUUUACAUUUAAUAUGAUAAAUAUGUUAGUACCUUUUGCUUUUUCACAUUUCACUUGAACCAUUAACAUGCAUCUUUGGACAUCAAUGUCCUUGUAUUUUUGGGCCAAUUGUUUUAGUCAUCAGAAACUUUUUCAGGACAUGCUAUCUUCUAUUUAAGUUGUUUGACAUACAGAAUCAUAUGGACCUGAAUUUAUUACUAUCUCAGGGAUUUUCAUUUUAAGAAACAACUACCUAUUAUGUGAAGACAGUUGUUUAUGUGAUUGGUUGUUCUAACUUGCCCUGUAAAUGUGCAUUCAUCAAAGAAGGAGUUUUUAAAUCCAAAAAUAAAUAAACCCUAUUCAUAUUAGACACCUCUUCAGGUUCUACA